AUGCAGAAGUUGGGCCAGACGGCAAGAAACGAACCCAAAAAAUGGGAUCAAGUCGAAUCGCUCGUUUGGACCAGAAGCCCUGUGGCCGGAAUCAUCGAAAAGGUCUUCCAAACUGUCCGAGCUCUGGGACCAAGGCACGCCGAUACCAUUUCACGUCAUUCGAAUGCAACUCGCAAUGAUAUUGAAGACAAGUUGACGAAACGGCCGAUCUGA